GAUGACGGCUCAACGCCGGUCCACUACGCGGCCACUCAAGGUAAUGUUGACAUGCUGAGGGCCAUGUACCUGAUGGACAAGAAGCGAAUGAACAUGGCCGUGUCGAUGAGGGACAUCCAAGGGAAGACGCCUCUCCACUGGGCCACCUUCUUCAACCACGUGGAUGUUGUCAAAUAUCUCAUUUCAUUGGUAAUUCGGAUUUGA